AUGUCCGCAAGAGAGAACGAACAGUCGGAGCCAGAAAUCGACAGGGACAGCGUCGUCAGCCAUACCAACAACGACAGGGGCAAUACCAAUAUCAAUAGCCCUGAUACCAUCGAGAGCCCAUUGACGGCUCAACACCCGCACAUCAUCUAUUCCACCGUGCCUGCAACAACUACAACACCUUCUUCUUCUUUGUCCUUGGCGUUGUCAUCAACAAAAGCAACACGGACUAAUGCCACAAGCACUGCGGCUGCUUCUGCUGCAACCACCACAUAUGUGUCAGAAUCAAAGUCAGAGACCCUGGAUCUGGAUCUCGGCCCAACACAAGCUGCAAUGUUCUCUGCGCAGCUAGAUUCACUUGCCGUGGACAACAUGACGAGUGUAACCUCCUCCUUGGCCCAAGACACACUCCACCUCCGAGGAGAAAUCAAUCUCGAUGAUUCUCAGGAACUUCGCCCUCACCUCGAUCAAUGGACCCCUUCACUGCGUGAACAAGACGCCUCUCAUACCGAUAAUAGUUCAAACGCGUCCAAGGCGGAUGGACUUCGAUUCAAGGACCAUCCUAUCGACACCAUUGUCAGGGGUAUGGGACGGGAGCGAAAGAGAUCGACCAACGUGGCCUACGACGGGACAUCAUCUGACAGGAAGCGCAGGAAGAAUCUGCCUGAUUGGGGACUCAAGCAAUCUUCGUCCACUGUCACGACCACUUCGACAGAAACAGCUGCUCACCUCUUGAGAUUCUUGGAGAGACGACUCGACCAACGCUACCCAAACUCGACCUCGUUAUGCUCAGCGUCGAAACAGUCCAGCAAGUCCCUGUUCAAGCAAAAGACCAGUCUCGACUUUGACCCACUCCAUCUUUUGCAUUCCUGGUCGGCACCUUCACCUCACAAUUUUUCCGUCGUUCAGUCAACAACAACCCCAGUAUCGCCCACUUCAUCGUCAGCCUCCUCAUCAUCUCGCCGACGACGACUUGUGGGGCAUAAGCAACCGUAUCAUAACUCUCUUGACUGCCGACAACAGCACGCGUCGCUUGAGAAAUGCCAAUGCCGCAAGCGCGGGUUCGCAGAGGCGAUUGAGCUUUCUCGCCCUUUUACUAUGAAUGCCGACAUUGCCAGUCAUCAUCCCAACUGGAUCGAAUCUAUCAAAAAGCGCAAGGUUCACCAAAACGCCACCAAAUGGACCUCUGCACUCUCACCCGCGCCAUAUGUGCGACUGCUGACGCUGAGAAACUUUUGGGAAAUGAUGGGGCCACGACAAGAUCUUUCUUGGAGGGCAGGAGAUGAUACCCGAUUCGGACAGGAUGAAUCUGAGGAGGAAGAAGUCGAGGAUGUAGAGGAUGGUAAGGCCGAGAUGGAGUCAGCUCAGAUGGAGACAGAGAGUGCAGUGAGAUAUGCUGGUCGGGAACGCGCAAGGAGAAACCCUCAGCAGCCCAGUUGUGUCAGGAUAGUGAAGCAAUACCCGUGCCCUGGACACUUCUUGAGGGGUCUGUGGGAGGAAGAACUUCGGAACCAGCGGGUGCGACAAAUGAUUCCAGACACUGUGAGGAAGCCCGUUCGAGGCAAGAUCUACCACGCCAAGCCCAUCGCGACGAUGAUCAAACAGAACAAGCCAAGCUUGCUCAGUCUCUUGAGUGAGCCAUCGUCUUCAGGGUCCAAUUCACCAGCACCUGCAGUAGGAGGCGGAUUGGAUGACAGCACUGCUGAGAGCAAGGAUGAGGCCUGUGAAGCGGCCCAAGAAGCAAGCUCUAUAUCAUCUACCACAGAGUUGGAAGUGUCCCUCAAGAAGAAACACCGCGCCGCUGCAAUCAUUCGCUCGCAUGCAAUUACCGAAGGUUCAGACAUGUCCGAGUACAAACCCUGGAAGGAUGGCACAGUCACGCCUCGGCAAGGAAGUCUCCAGGCCCUCAAGGCAUCACGGUCCAACAUCAUGGACCCUUGGCCUGUCGAGGAAGCUAAAUCCAAGGAUGAAUGCAUGCGUGUCCUCCAUCGCAUGCGCGAGCAACUGAACAUCGUCAUCAACCUUCAAAUCCAUUUGCGAUCAAUGAUGAAGACGGCGCCAGCACAAUGGUCAUUCUUGCUGUCGAUUCGCCAUCCAGGACAAGUCUCCAUUGAACUGUUACUGGCGCUGUAUGGUCCUCAUUUCAUGCAGAGCAGCAACUUCAGGGCGAUCGAGGAACUUCUUUGGGGCGCGAAGGGGCAUUCUCAGCAGGACGCGCCGUCCAUUGACGCUGCCUCUUCGUCUAGCCCUGCCCUUGUACAGACUUAG